GUGGUCGCAAAUUGCAGCGCAAUUGCCAGGGAGGACCGACAACGAGAUCAAGAACUUCUGGAACUCCUGCAUUAAGAAGAAGCUGAGGCAGAGAGGCAUCGACCCCACCACCCACAAGCCGCUCGCCGACACCCAGGCCCGGGACGACAAACUCCCUCCCAACGGCGGCCAGAAUAUUAAUUCUGGAGCCGAUGACCUCAGCGGCCUCCCCUCCCCUGCUGCUCUCGAUCCUUCCAUACCCAAGCCCGCUCGAUCUUUGAUGCUCACGGUGGAUAAGUUCGCCCCAGAGAGCUCGAACCCGAAGAAUUCGGCGGUGGGCGCUCAGGAAUUCCUUCUGGACCGGUUCGUCGCCAGCCAGGAGAGCACCUCAAGCUGCCACCCAUCCAAUUCGCUCGGCUUUUUCCCUCUUCCACAGUUGAGUUAUGCCUCCGACUGUGGCGGCAAUCAGACGGCUUCGGUCGGGCUCUCCGUGACCCCCAAUCCACUUCUCUGGUUUAAUCAGAGCAGCCGGCUGUUCGAUUCGAGUCCUGAAUUCAGUUGCAGCACCAUAUCCACUCUAGUCCCAUCUGCCUCCGCCUCGACUCUCUCCACUUGGAUGGGCUUGAAGUCUGUCAUCGGUCUCCCACCGGAUAAUCCUCCACCGAGCUGUGCCGGUCUCACCGGCAUUUCCAACUACUGGGAGGCUGCUAAUUGUAGCAACAGCAGUGGGAGCAGUGGGGGGAACACCAGUAGUGGAAUCGAACUGCAGAGCAAUAGCUCCUACUUCGAAAGUGGAAUCUUCCCAUGGCCGGACCUGACGCCGGAUAAAGACGCUCCGGUCCAGCUCCAAGGGGAGCCUGAGGACCUGAAAUGGUCGGAGUACCUCCAUGGCGCCUUCCCGGUUUCCGCCGCAAUCCAGAAUCAGAGCCAACCUCUAUACGGCGACAUCAAAACAGAAAGCCGAGUCGCGGUCGAUGGCUUCGGUACUUGUUACCCGAAUCGGCAGGCACAGCAGCAACAGCAAGCUUCGGACAUGUACGGCAAGGAUUUCCAGAGAGUAUCUGUGGCUUUUGAACAGAUUUAGAUUGCGCGAAGAUUGGUACAGCGGAGAAAGAGAGAGAGAGACCGAAAGCCAUCCCAUGAACAGAAUUUUCGACUUCAGAAGGCUCGAGUAAUAAAAAAGACUUCUUUUAAAUUUUUACAGGUGUGUGCGCCAUAGAUUUUUGUCUUGUAAAUAGGUCUGAUGAUACAAAGAAUUCAGCAGCUCUUCAGCUUUGAAUAUUUGGGCAGACUGAGUGGGACUAGCUAGGUGCAGAAUAAAGCUUGUUUCAGUGUUUUUCCUUCUUUUCUUUUUUUUUUCUUUUCUUUUCUUUCUGUCCCUGUUUUCCUUUGCAAAUUCACAAAUCCAAAUUAUCUAUUGUAAACAAUCAAAAUCUCUACUUUUUGUUUGUCCGGGUCA